GAGGAAGGUUGAAAGGGAAAGGAAGCGUUACUGAACAAAACAGAACUGAACAGUGUGAAAUAAAUUAGAGGGAGGAACCCUCGAUUUGUGCUUUCGCUCUAUCUUUUACAAAUUUUCCCUUUUUCUUGCUGUGCUGAGUUCAGUAAUUCCAGAAACAUUACGCAAUUUUCAAGCCGAACCCUACUAUCAACUAAGCACUUCUCGGUUUACAAUCUGGAGGUAUGAGUUCGUCUUCGGCAGAUGUUUUUCCAGCAAUUCAGGAAGUUAUGCUGGAGUUCCGUGCUGGUAAAAUGUUUCUCGAGGGAAAAAGGGUUGUUCCUGAUACACGAAAAGGGCUUGUUCGAAUUGUUAGGGCUGAGGAGGGAUUAGUCCAUUUCCAAUGGCUUGAUCGCACACAAAAUAUUGUUGAAGAUGUAUCCUUUGUUUUCUGUUUUGUUAUUCACUUCAAGGGAGUAUCUUUUGUUUUCUCCGUGAUUCAAGUAUUUGUAAUGAUAUAUAAAGUUGGGAACAGAAGGAACCGAAUGCUUAUUGGAACUAUGACACAUUUUUUAACCACAUGUUAACAUUGUGAAUAUUUAAAUAGUGGAACACUAACAGUCUGCUAGAAGCAAAUUAAUAGUAACUGAAGUCUGGAGAUUGAGCUGUGAACUUGUUAAUAUUUUACAUUGUGCUAAAAAUGAAAUAAGUUGGCCUCUUACAACUAGUAUAGGAAG